CUGUUCUAAGCUGCUCGUACCGCGGCUGAGUUACUUUGAGCAGAGCUGGAGACUCUCCAGUCAUGAGUGGAGCUCAUCUGGAUUUUUAAAACAAAACACUUUCUCUUUUGUUUUCUUUCUAGACACCAUUACUUUGUUUAAAGUGCCUUGUCGACAUAAACUGGGGUGAUGUUCCCAACUCGCCGCGGCACCUGUUUUCAUGUGUUUUGUGCGGCGUUCAAGAGUCAGCUGGACUAUUUGGAAUUUUGGAAACCACUAAAAGGCUCGUUGUGCGACCAGCCUGGUGUAAGGGCGUGAUUUUUAUUUCUUUUUUUUUUUGUGGAUCAGGAUUAUAUCUGCGAAGAUGCUUCUGCUGGUGCCUAUUCUGUGGCUUCUGCCUCUGAGCGGAGCUGCUCCAUCUGCAAACGAGCAAGAGGACACGGGGGUGGACUGGCUGAGCAAGUUUGGUUACCUCCCGCCUCCUGACCCUACAACAGGCCAGCUCCAGACCAAGGAAGCCCUGACCAAGGCCAUCAAAGCCAUGCAGAAGUUUGGAGGGCUCAAGGAAACUGGAGUCUUCGAUCAAGCCACAUUGGGACUGAUGAAAACCCCCAGGUGUUCCCUGCCAGAUGUUCCUGUGGCCGAGGGGACUUUGGGCCGCAAGAAGCGGAGCCUGAACACUCAGAACAAAUGGAAGAAGAGACAUUUAUCUUGGAGAGUGAGGACCUUCCCAAAGGACUCGGCCUUACUGGGCAGAGACACCGUGAGAGCCCUCAUGUAUUACGCGUUGAAGGUGUGGAGCGACAUCGCCCCGCUGAACUUCCACGAGGUGGCAGGAAGUGACGCCGACAUUCAGAUCGACUUCACUAAAGCCGACCACAACGACGGAUAUCCCUUCGAUGGGCCAGGGGGCACCGUGGCUCAUGCCUUUUUCCCCGGAGAGAGAUACACCGCUGGGGAUACGCACUUUGACGACGACGAGGCUUGGACCUUCAGAUCACCAGACUCUCACGGGAUGGACCUGUACGCGGUGGCCGUCCAUGAGUUUGGUCACGCCAUCGGCCUGGUGCACACCUCAGCCAUGGAGUCCAUCAUGAGGCCGUACUACCAGGGUCCUGUCGGAGACCCCCUGAAGUACGACUUACCCUAUGAAGACAAGGUCCGCGUCUGGCAGCUCUACGGCGUCAGAGACUCGGUGUCCCACACCACACAUCCAGGCAAGCCCUCCCAGACGGCAGAUCCACCAGUCUUACUGGACCUUCCGGAAAACAGAUCGUCUGUCCUGCUGGGACAAGAUGCCCCAGACAGAUGCUCCGGCCACUUUGACGCCGUCGCCCAAAUACGAGGAGAGGCCUUUUUUUUCAAAGGCAAGUACUUUUGGCGACUAACGCGAGAGAAGAACCUGGUCUCUCUGCGUCCAGCUCAGAUCCAUCGAUUCUGGAGAGGACUUCCGCCCAACAUGGACAGUGUGGACGCCGUGUACGAGAGACCCGGAGAUCACAAAAUUGUAUUUUUUAAAGGUCUCAAGUACUGGGUUUUUAAAGACAACAUCGUGGAGGAGGGUUACCCCCGUCCAAUCAGCGACUUCGGCCUGCCUUUAGAGGGAGUGGACGCGGCAUUUAUGUGGCUCCACAAUGAGAAAACCUACUUCUUCAGGGACAACCGCUACUGGCGGUACGAUGACCACCUGAGACGCAUGGAUCUGGGCUACCCUAAAGACAGCUCGCUCUGGAAGGGACUGCCAGCACACCUGGAUGAUGCCAUCAGGUGGUCUGACGGUUCGUCCUACUUCUUCAAGGGGAAGGACUAUUGGCGCGUGCCGAGCAGCGACAUGGAGGUGGAGGCGGGCUACCCGCGCCUUAUCGCCAAAGACUGGCUGCUGUGCACCGAGAUGCAGUCGGACUCUCCGGGCGCCGAGCCCAAAAGCACCGAGACCAGAGUCAACGUGCACCAUCGCCCGGACCACGCCGAGAACGGCUACGAGGUGUGCUCAUGCACGUCGGACACGGCGUCGCCUUUAGGUGUCCGCCCCUCGCCCUUGUGGCUGCUGCCGCCUCUCUGGACGCUCUCACUGGCCCUCUGCUCUCAACCGCUAUGAUACCAAAACCCAGAAGUACUUAAAACUCACUGGAACAUUCUCUUUACAGAA